UUUUAGGAUAAUUUGAGAAAGGACCUAGGUAUAGUCUACGACGUUUAUCUUAUCUAGAACACAGUAAAGAUCAUGGCGAAACGAAAAUUGGCUGAAGAAGAGAACUUUAUGGAACCUUUGGAAAAGAAAUUUGAAAAUGACUGUAUCGAUGCAGCUAAUAAUUUUAAAAACUCACUUGAUAGUGAUGAAGAAGAUGAUGAAGAAGCUGCAAAAAAAUACAAUUUUUUGGAUCCUGAAGAGUUAGAAGGGCAAGAGGAAGCUACUGUAGACUUUGAAGGAGAUAUUCGCAUCACACCAUUUAACAUGAAAGAAGAAUUGGAAGAAGGCCACUUUGAUAAAGAAGGAACAUAUAUUUUUCACAAAGAUCAAAAGGAAAUAAGAGAUAGCUGGCUGGACAAUAUUGAUUGGGUCAAGAUCAAAUCCAGAGAAGAAAUUACAAAAGGUAAUAUGGAUGAUGAAAAUAACCUUGACAAAGAAAUGGAAAUGUCUGACAAAUUAAAUAAUUAUAAGGAAAUGCUGAAGCUUAUGAAACCUGGAGAAACUGUUCAGAGAGCAAUUCGUAGGCAUGGUGGUGGUGGAAGUAGCAUAAAGCAGUCCAGUGCCAGCCGUCGAUGGUUAAAGGAUAGAAGGAACCAGAAAACAAACAGCGAAAAUAAUUCUGAGGUGGAUCAACAGAAGCUGCUUCAGCUCACUGAACUUGCAAAUGAAAUUUUACAGUCUGGAGAUAUGGACAUUUAUGAACAAACUUAUGAGAAAUUAGAUUUUCUUUUGAAAGUUGAGGAUGAGAAGAAAAUGGCAAAGACAGCAAAAGAUAGAACUGAAAUUGCACCAGAAACAAGUGAUGAUGCUCUUGAUAUGUUUUCAGAUAGUUUUGAUUCUAAAAUUUGUGCUGAGAAAGACAAGGAAAAAAAGAGAACUGAUCCAGAAGAUGGAAAAGAAACAAUAAAAUCAGAUGCCGACAGCAAUGUCAAAGAGAAUGAAGGUGGAGUCACAUGGGAGUUCAGAUGGGAAAAUAAUGAAGAGUCUCCAAUGUAUGGGCCUCACUCAUCUCUGCAAAUGAAUGAAUGGGUUAAAGCUGGAUACUUUGAUGAUGGUGUGUGGGUUCGACGAGCUGGAGAAGUUGAAGCUCCCUUUUACGACUCAAGGCGCAUUGAUUUUGAACUUUACUUUUGAAAAAUAUGUGUGUUCUUUUGUUUGCAUUGUUUUUACUUUUUAAGACCUAUUGGGAUCUGUGUACCAAAUAAUUGUCAUUGAAUACAGUACUUAAACUUAAAUUCUCAUAAGUUAGAAAAAAUGAAAAUGUCAGAUUGUUGGCUUAAAGUCAGUCUCAGAUUUUUUCAGAUAUUUUUAUUCACAAUGUGAAGUGCAUAAAAAUUAUUACUUUUUAGUAAAGUACCUUAUUUUAUCUGUAUUGUAAUAGAUACUUUGGAAAAUAAUGUUUUUGAAACAGGGACUGUAAAAUAUUGACACCAUGACAUAAAAUUUAUAAAGUACUGUGGUCAAAAUAAAAUCUGGCCAAUUUUCAUUAGUGUGUACAGUUAUGUUAUUUUAGUUUUGUUAAUACUGCAUUUGUUUAUUGACAGCUUUUGCGUAAUGAAAUUUGAUAAUCUGAAUAUAAUUUUUUUAAAUCACUAAACAUAAGUGUUUGAAAUGAUUACAUUCAAAAAGUCAGUAGUAGCUAAGAAAGAAUUUGUUUCAAAGUUUUCCUUGGAAAAUUAGUUGUACUAAGUUUUCUAUUAUAAACUGGGUGCAACAGAAAAAAUAUUUCUGCUGUCAUGGAACAAGCACUGUAAAUCUGUGUGUCUGAGAGACCUGCCUCCUAAAAGUAUAAAUCAUGCAUGUGUGAAGGUUUAUUAUCAAAGCAUUUGUAUGUAUUUGUAAAUCAACCAUGCCCAUUACACAGGUUUAUGUGUAAUACAAAAUAAAUAAUCUGUUGAUUUACAGCUUGUGUUUUUGCAGUUGUAUGUCACAGUAGCUUAAAGGAAAAAAAAAUCUAGUUAGUGGACAUAUAUAUAUAACAAUUCAAGAGAAGCAAGUAGUUCAUGUUGUUGACUAGCAAGUGAUUUUUUUUUUCUUGUAAUAAGCCAUAUGUUCAUUAUAUCACAUUGUUUUCACAAAUGUUUUUGAUUGUGUGGUAAUUGGUGUUUUUUGUUGCCAGUUUGUACAUAUGCUUUGUUAGUUAUUUUUAUGUUCAUCAUAAUGUGACAUUACAUUUUGUAUUAAACUUAUCUUCACAGAACCCAAACCAUUAAUGAAAUAAACUUGCAUGUGUGGAAUGAAACUAUCCUUCUCAGAUUAGCUUCUGCCACCACACAUUUUUGUUGUA